AGGAAGAAUCGCUCAAAGCUGGAGCUGCAUCGCGGACUGGUGGGCGCCUCCUCCUCGCCAGCUGGGUGCUGGAGGCGAAGUGCGGGGAUGGGGACCCGCGACUGGAGAGCCUUUCUCCUUUGACCCAGCCGGCAUGACUGGCACCACGGCCGUGUCGGAGUGGGAUCCGGCCUCCGAGGCCACCCUCUCCAAGGUCUACAGCUGUAAGACCAGAGGGAAGGUCUCUGGUGACUCCCCCAAGGCUCGUGCAAGACCCGGCACCCACUUCUGACCACUAACUCAGCCUGGGCGCUGGUCCCGUGCGCUCCGGCAACGCAGUCUGUUCCGCUGCUAGAGAGCUUUUGCGCGCGGCUACAGCCCGGAGCCCGGAGCCCGGACCCGACCAUAGCUCGGACCCAGAGCCCAGACCCAGAGCAGUCGCGGGCGGCGGGACCCCGGAAAGCCUCGACGUUCUGAGACGGGCGAUCGAGGAACCUCCUGGGAACUGCUAUAGGUCAGAUCGGGUCACCCAGAUCUGUAACUGGAGAAGGAUCCGGGUCACCGAGGGACAUCUCCAGCUGGCCCCUCUGUCCCUCGGACAGCGGACUCGGAGCCCCAGACUGCCCCGUGGGCAAAUCGGCCAGAGUUCAGGGCUCUGGCCCGCGGGAACCUCGCACCCCGAACCCUCCCUGGGAAGAAGCGGGUCCAGUUGCCCUGCUCAGCUUUCCCGGGCAGCGGCGGGACCAACUCCGGCUGCUCCAAGCACCCCGACUGGACCCUGGGCAGCCUCUUCUGCCCAGGUGGCCUCUCCCCGGGGUCUAAUCCCCUCGCGCCCCCGCGCGUCCGUCUUUGUUUCUGAGCUUGCUCUGAAAGUGAUGUAACAAGGCCAGGCUCGCGCGCCGCUUUCCCUCUUUCCCAGACUAAGUCCUUCCUCCCUCCAGCACCCGGCGCUCUGCGCGCAGAGCUGGGCGCUGGGCUGCGCCGCUGCUCCGCUCCCACAGCCCUGGAGACCGACGGGCACUGUUGGGAAAGACAGGCUCCCACGUCCCACCUUCUGGCUGCAAAGUCAGUGGGAAAAGCCAGGCUUCCCUUCCAGAAACAAGGGAGAGAGCCGAGGGGACAGCUGCUGUGGAGGUUUCUAAGGAGACUCAGGCUGGUUUCUUUCCCUGCUCCCGGGAGACGGCAGGAAACCUCAGAAGGGAAGACCAUUGCUCUCUGGUCAGUAGGCAGCCCCAACCUGGAUGGAGUGAAAGAUGCGGCCUGAUGACAUUAACCCGAGGACUGGGCUGGUCGUGGCCCUGGUCAGUGUCUUCCUGGUCUUUGGCUUCAUGUUCACCGUCUCUGGGAUGAAAGGAGAGACUCUGGGAAACAUCCCCCUCCUGGCCAUAGGGCCCGCCAUCUGCUUACCAGGCAUUGCAGCCAUCGCCCUGGCCAGGAAAACCGAGGGGUGCACCAAGUGGCCCGAGAACGAGCUGCUGUGGGUCCGCAAGUUGCCCUGCUUCCGGAAAGCCAAGGACAAGGAGGUGGUGGAACUGCUGAGGACCCCUUCAGACCUGGAGUCGGGCCAGGGGAGCUCAGAUGAGCUGGCUAAGAAGGCGGGCCUCAGGGGGAAGCCUCCCCUCCAAGGGCAGGGCGAGGUGCCUAUGGCCAGCUCCAUCACCACCCCCACACGCACGGAGGAAGGAGGAUGCCAGAGCCCAGUCCAGAGCGGGCAUCGGGAGGAGACAUCCAGGUACCUGGAUGGCUACUGUCCCUCGGGCAGUUCCAUCAUCUACAGUGCCUUGGACGUCAAGUGCUCAGCCUGGGACAAGUCUGAGCGCCCUGAGCCCGAGGACAGCAUCUUCUUCGUGCCCCAGGACAGUAUCAUCGUUUGCUCCUACAAGCAGAACAGCCCCUAUGACAGAUACUGUUGUUACAUCAGUCAGAGUCAAGGCAGGUGGGACCACGAGACGAUAGUCUAAGCUUUGCAUACAAGAGCUGCUGUGUUGAUAGAAAUACGACUACACUCAGCUUCCAAUGGAAGGAAACUGCCCUGCUCCAACAGCCUUCACACUGUUAGAAAUUGAUCUGGUAUGUGAUGGGUGUGCACACCUCCGGUGCCUGAGAGCCAUGUAAAUAGGCAUGUCGGGGACACAUUUUAGGGAAGGGUGAUGAGGAUUAAGGACCCUGGAAGAGGCAGUGGGUAGGAAAGGAAGCAGUUCCAAUUGCUUUUUAACAAUUUAAACCACGUUGGAUGUUUUGUAAAACGACCCGAAAAAUACUGUCAGUCCCUGCUGAAAGCAAGAUAAAUCCAGAGUGGGCUGCAGAUACCAGGCAUGAAAUGAUAUAUGGACUAUUCAUAGGGAAACUGAGCUGUUUUCAGUCUGAAGAAAUUGAAAGAAAAAACAAUUCAAUGCUUCAUUAUAUGAAAUGAUUUCUGUCUGGUGAAAGCUUUUCACACUUAUUAUUUGCUGAAAGAAAAAAUAUUAAGAUAGAACAGCUAUGUCCCUCCUAAGGUGUGGUGGUUACUGGAGAAAGGGGAGUUAAAGACAGCUGAAUCAUGUAAUUGAGUUUUAUGAUAUUAAGAUCAGGGAUUUUUAAAUAAAGUAAAAUAAGUGUGACCAGUUGUGUGAAUAACUAACAUUUUUAGAUAGCUAUGUUACUUCUUAAACUCUUCAUUUAAAUUGACUUACCGGGUCUUCAUCUGAAGUGGUUUUUUUGUUUGUUUGUUUGUUUGUUUGUUAGCAUUUACUAUCAUUCAUGUAUAAUUUCUUCAUCAGGUGCAAUACAACUUGAUAUAAUAUUUUCAUAGAUUAGAAUUUGUUUUCAUCAAGUCAAAAUGGAUUUUAUAUAUGUAUACAAGUAUCUUUAACCUUUCUGGGAGAUGUAAUUAUUAUUCUAAUAUGCCUUUUAAAAUCUGAAGACUAUGACAUCAAUACUAUUUGUCUUGAACUUCAUGUAGAAUUUACAUGAAAUGCAAUGGUUAAGUUUCUGGAAAUGUCAUUAUUUGUACAUUUGUUCAACACUCCCCAAAACUGUAAAUGCCAAUGAAACAGGAGUUAAUCCACUAGACUUAACUAAAGCCCAGUUUUAUUAAGUUUACCUGCUCAGUGAAUAUUACAUGACAAAGGUCUGUUUUAUUUAACUUUUUGCUGCUAAGGGAAAAAAAAAUCACAAUGGGAUCCUAAAAUGUGUUUCCUAUUUUAUUUGCUCAACUGGCAAUCAACCAAAAUUCCAUUUGAUCCCUGCAGGAGAGAAAUAUUGAAUUAUAUAUAGAAAUGGUAUUAUAUUUCAUCCUGAAGAUCAGGAUAACUUUGCAUCCUUCAAAGAUUGAUGAUUUAUUUUUAAUGAUCAUAUAGUUUCAGCCACUUUCUCCCAAAAGGAGAAAUGAGGACAAAAAUGUUGGGCAUACCUUUUUUGUGUAUUUCAGGUCCAAUUCUGCAAUUCUUUAAGUGUAGCAAUUAUUCUGUCGUAAGAAUCAUGCCCUUAAACAUCGCAAUUUUCCAAUCAAAUUUAACAUCAAAAGUAUAUAAUUAUUUUAGUAGGGCUUAAAUGUUGGGAAGUGAGACGUGUGAUCCUAGGAAAACGUUAUCUUCUUGUACAUCAGUCCCUGAUAUGGGAGAAGUGGGACUGACUUACACUAGAUUAUUUCCAUCAUUCAUUCCCAGUUUGAAUAUUCUAUGGUAUUCUAUCAAAGGCACUUUAUAUAUUACCAGAAAAUGAGUUAUAGCAAAAUGCAUGCCAAAGUUAUGCAAUUCAUGAUAACAGUUAUGCAACAUGACUGAAUUCUUGUUGCUAUUCUAAAGAAUUUUAUAAAUGUAUGAGAGCAGGUUUGUUUUAUUCCCAAAUAGUAUUUAUCCAACAAAAUACACUUGUGGGAAUAAAAUGAAAACGUUAAGGGUAAAAUAUUUUUAAGGAAAAAAAAUUGCAAUAUUGGUACAGUCUCCAAAUGGUCAAACACAUAUCCUUUUGCACUAAAUGUAAUUUACUUUGGUUUUGGAAUGGAGGGAAAAUAGUUUCCUAAAAUCACAAUACCUGUUAAUAAUUCUAAUGCAUUUUGAAAGAUGGAAAUCAUGUUUCUACGAGGGUGAAAAUUAUUGGCUAACUCUUAGGAAUAAAAACUUUCUUUAAUUUGUUUGCCAUUUUUGGACAUCUUUAGAGGUGAGGAGAUAGCAAGACAUCAGAGAGAGAUGUUCAAGACAGACUCAGCAAAUCCUACAUAGGGUCUGAAAAGAAAUGCUUGUAGUGUCAGGUAUGGUUUGGGUUUGGAAAAGUUAUUUUCUGAUUUCUUCAGCUCAAACUCCUUGAUGCCACACACACACACACACACACACACGCACACAUGCACACAUGCACACACACACACUCCACUGUCCAAAUCCAAAGUCAACUACUAGUUUAGAGAGAUAAAGUAUCUUACCGCAUUUUCAGGUACUACUGAAGAUACUUGAAGUAUCUCAGUGUGUAUUUGGGGGAAUUUUCUGCCGUGCUAAAAUAAUGAUGUGCAAGUGUGGAGCUGCGAGGAUUAACUUUGACCAAAAAGAAUAAAAUGUUGUGACUGUG